AUGAUAUAAUAGAUUAAAAGAUAUAAAAAUUUAAAAGAAUUUUUAAACUCUUCGCUUUAAUCUCAUUAGGUUCUCCAUAUUGACUUGAGAUAAAAUAAUAUUGGUAUUGAUCAUGCUACAGGUUUAGGUUCUGGUUUAUCAAAUUGCAUUAAUCUCUCAAAUUUGAUACUUGACCUUAGUGAAAAUCAAAUUAGUAAUGAAGGUGCUUCAGGCUUAGGUUCUGGUUUAGCAAAUUGCACUAAUCUCUCAAAUUUGACACUUCUACUUCAUAACAAUUAUAUUGGUGAUGAAGGUGCAUCAGAUAUCGGCUAUGGUAUAAGAAAUUGCAUUUAUCUCUCAAAUUUGAAACUUAACCUUAGAAGCAAUAAAAUUGGCAAUGAAGGUGCAUCAGGCUUAGGUUAUGGUAUAGCAAAUUGCACUUAUCUCUCAAAUUUGAUAUUUGAUCUUAGUUGCAAUAAAAUUGCUGAUGAAGGUGCUUUAUUCUUAUGUUAUGGUUUAGGAAUUUGCACUAAUCUCUCAAAUUUGACACUUAUCCUUUCUUAUAAUAAAAUUGGUGAUGAAGGCACUUCAGGCUUAGGUUCUGAUUUAGGAAAUUGCACUAAUCUCUCAAAUUUGGUACUUGACCUAAAUAAAAAUAUAAUUGGUGAUGAAGGUGCUUCAGGCUUAGGUUUUGGUUUAGCAAAUUGCACUAAUCUCUCAAAUUUGAAACUUAAUCUUUCUUACAAUUAAAUUGAUGAUGUAGGUGCUUCAGGCUUAGGUUCUGGUAUAGGAAAUUGCAUUAAUCUCUAAAAUUUGAAGCUUAACCUUCAUAAAAAUAAAAUUAGUGAUGAAGGGGUAUCAGGCUUAGUUUCGGCUUUAUAAAAUUGCAUUAAUCUCUCAAAUUUGACAUUUCACAUUUCUGAUAAUGAUAUUGGCAUCGAAGGUGGAUUAGGCUUAGGUUCUGGUUUAAAAAAUUGCACUAAUCUCUCAAAUUUGACACUUAAUCUUGGAAAAAAUAAAAUUGGUUCAAUUGGUACAUCAGGUUUAGGUUCUUCUUUAGCAAAUUGCACUAAUCUCUUAAAUUUGACACUUAACCUUUGUGAAAAUCAAAUUGGUGAUGAAGGUGCUUCAGGCUUAGGUUCUGCUUUAAAAAAUUGCACUAAUCUCUCAAAUUUAACACUUAUACUUAAUGAAAAUACAAUUGGGUUAAUUGGUGCUUCAGGCUUAGGUUCUGGUUUAGCAAAUUGCACUAAUCUCUCAAAUUUGACACUUAACCUUGAGGAAUAAUUUAGUCCAAUUGGAGCAUCAUGCUUACUUUCUGGUUUAAAAAAUUGCACUAAUCUCUCAAAUUUGACACUUCAUUUUGGUUAAAAUAAAAUUGGUAAUGAAGAGGCAUCAGGCUUAGGUUCUGGUUUAGGAAAUUUCAUUAAUCUUUCAAAUUUGACACUUAACCUUUCAAAAAAUAAAAUUGGUGCAAUUGGUGCUUCAGGUUUAGGUUCUGGUUUAGCAAAUUGCACUAAUCUCUCAAAUUUGACACUUCAACUUAGUGGAAAUAAUAUUAACAACCAAUGUUUAUCAGGCUUAGGUUCUGGAUUAGCAAAUUGCUCUAAUCUCUCAUAUUUGACACUUGAUUUUAUGCUUAGGUAAAAUAGGUAAGUUAAGAAAAAUAGAAUAAUGUUUUUAAGAAUAUUUAAAAAAAUAAUUGAAUUAACAAAAAGCAAAUAUCUUAAAUCAAAAAGAUUAGUUAUCUUUAAAAUAUAACUCUGAUGAUAAUAAACAAGUGGCAAAAAUAAUGAAUAAAUAUGAAAUAUUUGAAUAAUAGGAUAAUAGAAUAUAAUAUGUUUUUAUUAAAUAAUGUAUUGAAAAAAAUUUUUUAACCUAAAAUAUUGAUAGAUAGAUAGAUAGAUAGAUAGAUAGAUAGAU